AUGGAGCUUGGUGUGUUCAACUUCAUCCGGGUUGUGGGUUUGAUUCCUGUAUGUAUCAACUGUCAGUUGAUUUAGAUAAAAGCAGCUUGUAAAGGACAACAGUUGAAUCGACUGACGGAAGUGUGUGCUCACUGUUUUGCACCUCCCACAGAUGAUUUUUAUUUGUAUAUUGAAGUUCUAUUUCCCUCCUAGAGUGGCUGGUUAUUUUUGGUAGACCCCUGACACACUGUCUGGCUGUACUUAAAAUAGAUACUGUUGUUUAUCUUCUGAUAUAUAGACUGCGCUUAAAAUGGCCAUUUCCUUAAAGUUAAUUAUUUUGAUAAUGGAUGGUGAUGUUUAUCUCUGCGUGUCUGCUGAUGCUGUGUGUUCUGUAGUCUAUGUAAUCUCUGUGUGUCCUCAAACUGAUUUAUAUGUCACUCUGGUCUACCUCAGUGUGUGUGUGCACGUGUGUGCGUGUGUGUGUGUGUGUGUGUGUGUGGAUGAGGUCACGGUCUGCUUUUUUGCCUUUUUUGUCUGUCUCAUAUCCUCCUGUGGAUCUGUCUAUGGCUAGUACACUAUGGAUCUGUAUAUGGCUAGUACACUAUGGAUCUGUCUAUGGCUAGUACACUAUGGAUCUGUCUAUGGCUAGUACACUAUGGAUCUGUCUAUGGCUAGUACACUAUGGAUCUGUCUAUGGCUAGUACACUAUGGAUCUGUCUAUGGCUAGUGCACUAUGGAUCUGUCUAUGGCUAGUACACUAUGGAUCUGUCUAUGGCUAGUACACUAUGGAUCUGUGUAUGGCUAGUACACUAUGGAUCUGUCUAUGGCUAGUACACUAUGGACCUGUCUAAAUCAAAUCAAAUCAAAUUUUAUUUGCCAAAUGCGCCGAAUACAACAGGUGUAGACAUUACAGUGAAAUGCUUACUUACAAGCCCUUAACCAACAAUGCAAUUUGUAAAGAUUUUUAUUUUUUUAAGUGUUAAGUAAAAAAAAUAAAAGCAAAUAACUAAAGAGCAGCAGUAAAAUAAAAGAACAGUAGGGAGGUUAUAUACAGGGGGGUACCGGUGCAGAGUCAAUGUGCGGGGGCACCGGCUAGUCGAGGUAAUUGAGGUAAUAUGUACAUGUGGGUAGAGUUAAAGUGACUAUGCAUAAACAAUAGACAGAGUAGCAGCGUGAAAGAGGGGGGUGGGGGGGCAGUGCAAAUAGUCCGGGUAGCAAUGAUUAGCUGUUCAGGAGUCUUAUGGCUUGGGGGUAGAAGCUGUUGAGAAGCCUUUUGGACCUAGACUUGGUGCUCCGGUACCGCUUGCCGUGCGGUAGCAGAGAGAACAGUCUAUGACUAGGGUGGCUGGAGUCUUUGACAAUUUUGAGGGCCUUCCUCUGACACCGCCUGGUAUAGAGGUCCUGGAUGGCAGGAAGCUUGGCCCCAGUGAUGUACUGGGCCGUACGCACUACCCUCUGUAGUGCCUUGCGGUCGGAGGCCGAGCAGUUGCCAUACCAGGCGGUUAUGCAACCAGUCAGGAUGCUCUCGAUGGUGCAGCUGUAUAACUUUUUUGAGGAUCUGAGGACCCAUGCCAAAUCUUUUCAGUCUCCUGAGGGGGAAUAGGCUUUGUCGUGCCCUCUUCACGACUGUCUUGGUGUGUUUGGACCAUGAUAGUUCGUUGGUGAUGUGGACACCAAGGAACUUGAAGUUUUCAACCUGUUCCACUACAGCCCCGUCGAUGAGAAUUGGGGCGUGCUCAGUCCUCUUUUUUUUCCUGUAGUCCACAAUCAUCUCCUUUGUUUUGAUCACGUUGAGGGAGAGGUUGUUAUCCUGGCACCACACGGCCAGGUCUCUGACCUCCUCCCUAUAGGCUGUCUCAUCGUUGUCGGUGGGUGAACAGGGAGUACAGGAGGGGACUGAGCACGCACCCCUGAGGAGCCCCCGUGUUGAGGAUCAGCGUGGCAGAUGUGUUGUUACCUACCCUUACCACCUGGGAGCGGCCCAUCAGGAAGUCCAGGAUCCAGUUGCAGAGGGAGGUGUUUAGUCCCAGGAUCCUUAGCUUAGUGAUGAGCUUUGAGGGCACUAUGGUGUUGAACGCUGAGCUGUAGUCAAUGAACAGCAUUCUCACGUAGGUGUUCCUCUUGUCCAGGUGGGAAAGGGCAGUGUGGAGUGCAAAAGAGAUUGCAUCAUCUGUGGAUCUGUUGGGGCGGUAUGCAAAUUGGAGUGGGUCUAGGGUUUCUGGGAUAAUGGUGUUGAUGUGAGCCAUGACCAGCCAUUCAAAGCACUUCAUGGCUACAGACAUGAGUGCUAUGGGUCGGUAGUCAUUUAGGCAGGUUAUCUUAGUGUCCUUGGGCACAGGGACUAUGGUGGUCUGCUUGAAACAUGUUGGUAUUACAGACUCAGUCAGGGACAUGUUGAAAAUGUCAGUGAAGACACUUGCCAGUUGGUCAGCACAUGCUCGGAGUACACAUCCUGGUAAUCCGUCUGGCCCUGCGGCCUUGUGAAUGUUGACCUGCUUAAAAGUCUUACUCACAUCGGCUACGGAGAGCGUGAUCACAUAGUCAUCCGGAACAGCUGGUGCUCUCAUGCAUGCUUCAGUGUUGCUUGCCUCGAAGCGAGCAUAGAAGUGAUUUAGCUCAUCUGGUAGGCUUGUGCUUCCUUUUGUAGUCUGUAAUAGUUUUCAAGCCCUGCCACAUCCGACGAGUGUCAGAGCCGGUGUAGUACCCGAGUGGCGCAGUGGUCUAAGGCACUGCAUCGCAGUGCUAGCUGUGCCACUAGAGAUCCUGGUUCGAAUCCAGGCUCUGCUGUAGCUGGCCGCAACCGGGAGACCAAUGGGGCGGCGCACAAUUGGCCCAGCGUCGUCCAGGGUAGGGGAGGGAAUGGCCGGCAGGGAGGUAGCUCAGUUGGUAGAGCAUGGCGUUUGCAACGCCAGGGUUGUGGGUUUGAUUCCCAUGGGGUAUGAAAAUAAAAAAGAAUAAUGUAUGCACUAACUGUAAGUCGCUCUGGAUAAGAGCGUCUGCUAAAUGACGUAAAUGUAAAUGUAAAUGUAAAUGUAGUACAAUUCAAUCUUAGUCCGGUAUUGACUCUUUGCCUGUCUGAUGGUUCGUCAGAGGGCAUAGUGGGAUUUCUUAUAAGCGUCCGGGUUAGGGUCCCGCUCCUUGAAAGCGGCAGCUCUACCCUUUAGCUCAGUGCGGAUGUUGCCUGUAAUCCAUGGCUUCUGGUUGGGGUAUGUACGUACGGUCACUGUGGGGAUGACGUCAUCGAUGCACUUAUUGAUGAAGCCAGUGACUGAUGUGGUGUACUCCUCAAUGCUAUCUGAAGAAUCCCGGAACAUAUUCCAGUCUGUGCUAGCAAAACAGUCCUGUAGCUUAGCAUCUGCAUCAUCUGACCACUUUUUUAUUAACCGAGUCACUGGUGCUUCCUGCUUUAGUUUUUGCUUAUAAGCAGGAAUCAGGAGGAUAGAGUUAUGGUCAGAUUUGCCAUAUGGAGGGCGAGGGAGAGCUUUGUAUGCGUCUCUCUGUGUGGAGUAAAGGUGGUCUAGAGUUUUUUUUCCCUCUGGUUGCACAUUUAAACAUGCUGGUAGAAAUUAGGUAGAAUGGAUUUAAGUUUCCCUGCAUUAAAGUCCCCGGCCACUAGGAGCGCUGCCUCUGGAUGAGCAUUUUCCUGUUUACUUAUGGCCUUAUACAGCUCAUUGAGUGCAAUCUUAAUGCCAGCAUCGGUUUGUGGUGGUAGAUAGACAGCUACGAAAAAUAUAGAUGAAAAGUAUCUUGGUAAAUAGUGUGGUCUACAGCUUAUCAUGAGAUACUCUACCUCAGGCGAGCAAAACCUUGAGACUUCCUUAGUAUUAGAUUUUGUGCACCAACUGUUGUUUACAAAUAUACACAGACCGCCACCCCUUGUCUUACCGGAGUCAGCCGUUCUAUCCUGCCAAUGUAGCAUAUAUCCCGUCAGCUGUAUGUUGUCUGUGAAACAUAAGAUAUUACAGUUUUUAAUGUCCCGUUGGUAGGAUAACCGUAAUCUUAGGUCGUCCAAUUUGUUCUCAAAUGACUGAACAUUGGCUAAUAGGAUUGAUGGAAGAGGCAGUUUACUCGCUCGCCGUCAGAUCCUUACAAGGCACCCCGACCUACGUCCACUAUAUCUCCGUCUCUUUCUCAUGCGAAUGACAGGGAUUUGGGCCUUGUCGGGUGUCUGUAGGAUAUCCUUUGCGUCCGGCUCGUUGAAGAAAAAAUCUUCGUCCAAUUCGAGGUGAGUAAUUGCUGUCCUGAUAUAUUUUGGUCAUAAGAGACGGUGGCAGAAACAUUAUGUACAGAAUAAAUUACAAAUAACGCGAAAAAACACACAUAAUAGUACAAUUGGUUAGAGGGCUGUAAAAUGGCAGCCAUCUUCUCCGGUGCCACUUCAGUUAUGGCUAGUACACUAUGGAUCUGUCUAUGGCUAGUGCACUAUGGAUCUGUCUAUGGCUAGUGCACUAUGGAUCUGUCUAUGGCUAGUACACUAUGGAUCUGUCUAUGGCUAGUACACUAUGGAUCUGUCUAUGGCUAGUACACUAUGGAUCUGUCUAUGGCUAGUACACUAUGGAUCUGUCUAUGGCUAGUACACUAUGGAUCUGUCUAUGGCUAGUAUACUAUGGAUCUGUGUAUGGCUAGUACACUAUGGAUCUGUGUAUGGCUAGUACACUAUGGAUCUGUGUAUGGCUAGUACACUAUGGAUCUGUGUAUGGCUAGUACACUAUGGAUCUGUCUAUGGCUAGUACACUAUGGAUCUGUGUAUGGCUAGUACACUAUGGAUCUGUCUAUGGCUAGUACACUAUGGAUCUGUCUAUGGCUAGUACACUAUGGAUCUGUCUAUGGCUAGUACACUAUGGAUCUGUCUAUGGCUAGUGCACUAUGGACCUGUCUAUGGCUAGUACACUAUGGAUCUGUCUAUGGCUAGUACACUAUGGAUCUGUGUAUGGCUAGUACACUAUGGAUCUGUCUAUGGCUAGUACACUAUGGAUCUGUGUAUGGCUAGUACACUAUGGAUCUGUCUAUGGCUAGUACACUAUGGAUCUGUCUAUGGCUAGUACACUAUGGAUCUGUCUAUGGCUAGUACACUAUGGAUCUGUCUAUGGCUAGUACACUAUGGAUCUGUGUAUGGCUAGUACACUAUGGAUCUGUGUAUGGCUAGUACACUAUGGAUCUGUCUAUGGCUAGUACACUAUGGAUCUGUCUAUGGCUAGUGCACUAUGGACCUGUCUAUGGCUAGUACACUAUGGACCUGUCUAUGGCUAGUACACUAUGGAUCUGUGUAUGGCUAGUACACUAUGGAUCUGUCUAUGGCUAGUACACUAUGGAUUCCUGAUCCAUAUCUACAAUAAUCCAGUCUCCAGGCUUUCCCUUGGCUCUGUGUGUGAAUGGGGGUGGGACUGUACUGCACAGUGAGAGCACUACAGAGACACUGCAGAGAGAGAGAGAGAACAAGUAUAUCUGAAGGAACAAGGCUAGGAGAACCACUCGACUGCAGCAGUGAUCUCGGUCAGAGAGAGAAAAACUAAACAAAAGAAAACAUGGCUACAAAGAUACACUGACUAAAAGGCUAGUCUGACAGGUAAUGUUACCUUCAUCUAAAAGAAAAAUAGAAGUGUGUGUGUGUGUGUGUGUGUGUGUGUGUGUGUGUGUGUGUGUGUGUGUGUGUGCGCAUACGUGUGAACAUACGUGCGUGAAAGAAAGAUACAUUUUCUAAUUUAAUUUAAUUAAUUUAAUUUAAAUUGGGUUUGAUUGAAAUGUGUUUUUGAAUCUUAUUUUAUUAGUCUUGUAAUUCCCUCGUUGGUAUUGUUUGCAGUAUAUUUUCAUCAUGGUAUAGUGUAUGGCUGGGUUAGGAUCCUCUGUGGUGGGAGUUUUGUAUGCAUAACACUGGCAAUGUGUGACGAUGUGUGUAUUCAUAAGUAAGUUAUGUGUGAGACUAGCAGGUAGGCUUUCUGCAUUGUGUUGUAUGUGGGUGGCAUCUGUGUAGUUUGUGUGUGUCUGUGUGUGUGUGUGUGUGUGUGUGUGUGUGUCCGUGUGUGUAAGUUGUGUGUGGGUAGGCAGUAGGAGGGUAUUGCAAGGACAGGUGCAGUUACCACCUCCUAGAGACAGUACAUUCAUCCAUCUCUCUCUCCUCUCUUUACCCUUCUCUCUUUUCCCCUUUCUCUCUGUUUCUCUCUCUCUCCCUGAUUAGUGUGCUUUAGCAGCAUCUCUCUGCUCUCUUUGUCGCUGUGUUGUGUCUGUCACGCUCUAUGGUGUGAGAGCGUGACUGGCUGUGUGUGUGUGUGUUACUCCUCCAGGGUAGAAAAGGUCAUUUUGUUUCUCAUUAUUACCCAUCCUCCUUUUAGUCUCUCUCCCUCUCAUCCCCCUCUUUCUUUUACUCUCUCGUUCUGCAAUAAGCUUCCAUUAGUUGCCAUGGCAACACUGGUUGAUCCUUUCACCCUUUCUCUCCUCUCCUCGCCCCUCCAUUUAACUGCUUCUCUCAUCACCCCUUCUCACCAGUCACUGUCACUGUCCCUCUCCCUCUCUCACCCCUCUUUCUAUCAACCACUCACAUCCAUUUCUCUCCACCUCUCCUACUUCUCUCCCUCUUUCUCCUCCCUCAACCCGUCCCUCUCCUCAUCCUCAACCAAUCCCUCCCUCCCUCCCUCCCGCUCUCCCUCCCUCUUACCCUCUUCUCCCCCCCAUCAUCCCGCUUUUCUGACCCAAUAACAGCUCCGGUCAGCUCUUGUAUUCAUAGUCCCGCCCACUAAAUUGUUUAUCAACUCUCAUUGGACACCUGUGUGACAGACAGACAAAGGGACCAACCAGCUGGUGUGUAUCACAGGAGGUUGGUGGCACCUUAAUUGGGGAGAACGGGCUCGUGGUAAUGGCUGGAGCGGAAUAGGUGGAAUGGUAUCAAAUAGAGCUAAGCAUAGAGGGGCUGUUAGGAACAGGCACAAUCAUGUUUGUGUCACAUUGUAAGAGUAUGAUUAGCAUGGUUCCAUCGUUUAGGGCCUCAGCCAACUCCUGUCUGUCUGUCUUGAUUAUGCCAAGUCAAGCCUGUAUGGCAGAGCUAAAUACCUGGGACCAGCCUAUUAGUGGACCAGCCUGAGCCUUUAAGUGUUAUAUCAGUAUCUUAUUAGUAUUCAAGUCCACUCUCUGAGAGAUGUGCAUAUGUUCAGUAAUAUUGCUGAGAGAGCGAGAGAGAGAGAGAGAGAGAGAACACAUGUUUAGUAAUACAAAGAGAUCAUGAAUAGAGGGGAAUCAUACUCACAUUGUAUAUUCAUGAGAAUAUUAUCAGUGCACGCACAGUGCUUAUUCUGAGGCAGUGAAGCAACAAAGGCAACACAGGCAAGUGAAAACACACACACACAUACACACUCUCUGGACUCUGGACAGCUAGUAUCUCCAUAAGCUUCCUCUCAAGCAGUAGGUUAUCUCCGAAACAAGGUGUGUGUGUGUGUGUGUGUGUGUGUGGCUCCUUUGAUAGGGCUAUCAGCAGUGUCCUGAUAUCAAAGCGUUUCUCCACCCAUGCACUGCAUUGUGGGAUUGGAACGGAUGACCAAAGGCUCAUUAAUCUGUCAGCUCUGGACAGUGCCUUAGAUCUGAACACACACACACACUCUGAUACCUAGCCUGAAUCUGUAUGUCUUGUGUCUGUAGGAGGUCCAGUUACACACACACACUAAACACACACAACACACUCUGAUACCUAGCCUGAAUCUGUCAAACAUGAUCGCCGCAGAGAGAAAUCUAGUAUAUUGUGUCUGUAGGAGAUCCAGUUACGCGCACACACACACACACACACACACAUAUAUUCCCGGCUGAUAAAAGUCACAUCUUUAUUAUUAUUCAAUAUUCUGUGUGUUUGAGGUUGUUUGUCUGCGGUCUGCGGUUUUUCUGCUGCAUUUUCCCCUCCUCUGUGUUAACGUUGCGUUUGAACCUCCUCCUUUCUUUGAAGCCUGAGGAGGAGGAGUGGAACAACAGAGGGAGAGAGAGAGCGAGAGAGAGACAGGAGAUGGGAGAGACAGGAGAGAAAGUAACAACAAUACAUUUGAUCUGUUUAAUGCUUUUCAUAACACUCAAAGGUCUCUACCGGCAAAUACACACAGCAACAAAAUAAUAGACAUGUAAAGCAAGGAAGAGAAGGGGAGGAUUAAAGAUGAACAAGUAGAGAGACGGAGAUGGGAGAGAGAAAGAGAAGGUGGAAGAAGUAGAGAGGUGGAGAAAGAUAGUAGAAAAGGGUGAAGGGAGUUUGUGUGUUAUUAUAAUCUCAUCAUUAGGGCCCUGAGUUUUCCCUGGCUGAUCAAAAAACCUCCUGGUCCUAUUCUACAGGCUCUAACUUGGGUCCUGUGUUUUUCCUGGUCAAGUUGUGUGGCCAGGAAGAGGGGCCUACAGUAAAUACAGUAUAAGCCCAUGUAAGGUAGUGUGUAUACUUAUUACUAUGAAAUUAUUAAUGGGGCCCCAGGCCAGUUAUUGGACGAAAUGGACUUCUAAGAAGAAUUCAUUAUUUUAGUCAUAACUCUAUAAGGCUACAAUUAGAAUAAUAGUAAUGCAUUUAUUAAUACGAAGAUAAUAAUUAUUUAUUACAAUCAACACUUAAUAACGCUAAUCAAAAUAUUUACAAACAUAAUGAGAGGGACCAUGAAAUGUAGGAAAUAGAAUGAAAGACAAGAAGAGAGACCUCGAUAUAUGUGAAUAUUAGGAGUGUUAUACUCAGUUUGGGGGCAAAGUCUUUGAUCCUUGGCCUCAUGGAGGAGAACGAAGAAGAAGUGAUGGCCUUGUGUUCUCUGGUCCUGAGUGGAUUCCUUGAUCUGGUUGCCUGCUGAUGGCUGUGUGUCCUUUCUUGUUGCUCUUUUCCUCUCCUCUGAGUUGGGUGGUUCCUUGGGCUGCUCCUUUGGGUUGUGUCCCUUGUUGCUCUGUUUGUUGGCUCUAACGUGUCUUCUUCUUUCUUUGAAGAAGGUGAGUUUAAAGGUUCAGGCUACACUAGCUCUUUUAAGUCUUAUGUCUUCUUCUUAGACUCUUUAGUGUAUGGGCUCUUCUGUCCCAAUUAACAUACUGAAUAGGUACUACUUCCCUAAAAAGGUACUGCAAACCAACUCUAAUGUCUCUCUCCCUCUGUCUCUCUCUCUUCCUCCCCCUCUUUUCUGUCUCUAACAGCAGGGAAAAUAAUCACUAUACUUUAUUAAAAAUCUUUUAAAAAGUUCUUCCAGAGUUUUUUUUAGAAUCGAGAUUGACUUUAUUUACAAUUUCAACAAAGCCAGGCUCUCCCUCUAUAUUGUCUCCUUCACACACACAUUCUAUCUUAAAAUCCCUCCCUCUUCAGUUUCCCGCUCUUUAUCGCUCCGCCCACUUCCUAUGUCUGUGAUGGCGGCUAAAUUCAACUUUUAUUCAGUUCAGAAACAAUAGUAAUACAAUCAAUCAAUCCCUUAUCUUGCAAAAACACUCAUGUUUACCUGAUGAUUGAUUGUUGGACAUGACAGGUUCACACUUAAUCUUUCAAACACACCCAAACCUACUCCUCUUCCCCUCCCACCAUGCUGUAAUUACUCAUGACUAGUCUAAACGCUGUUCAACUUUGUCUCCGCUCUCAGAACCUUUGUUUGAGGAGAGAUGCAUUAGACCACAGUCUGGUUUCAGUCUCUGAUAAGGUAGGACAGCCAUGGAUUUUAGUAAGAGCGAGCAAUUCGACCCCAUGUCAGAUUCCCACUUCACACACACACACACAGUGAAAUGACCCAAUUAAGUUAUUGCCUAGCAACAGAGAAUUCUAACUAUAUGUUCGUGAUUAACUCAGUUUUAUCCCAUAGUCCACUAAAAAAUCUCCCUCAUAUCCCCCCAUAUGGGACUACUAGUUCCAUAACCUUACAAAAGUAUAUUAUGUUUAUGCUAUCAAUCACAAUCUUUGAAUUCAAGGUUAUACUCACAAUGAACAAUAUCAAUAUGUCUACUCAAAACAAUUCCAAAUAUAUGUGUUAGUAUCCUAACACAUCAUACCUAAAAUAAAUGCAACUUUGUUUUAACCAUAAUAUCUAGGACAUGUUGAGAAUAGUGUCAACAUCUUUAAAUCACAUAACUUAAUUCAGAUCAAUCAGUCAGCUUACAAUUAAUAAUCAUAAUCAAAACAAAUUUAGAAUGACAAUUAUUAGUUAGUCACCUUGGUUCCAUCAUUCAAAGUUAAAACUCUCACCUUGGCACAUAUUGACACUGGCAGAAUGUAUAUUUAUAUUAACAUACAUUAUAAUUAUCUAUAAUUCUAGCAUUGGCUUCCUCAUAAAGAGAAUAACAACAGAUCAGUAUCUCAAUGAAUUCUUAGUCUAAAUUACUAUACAUUUAGCAGUGUAUAAUACCUCCUUAAUCAACCUACUACCUCAAAUAAUAAUCCCUUCCUCUCCCGGCACUCAAUCUUCUGGCGUGUCUUCAUUAUGUUCUUCAGAUAGCUUCAUAGUUCAACUUGGAUUGCCCAUGACAAUGUCCCAAUUCCAAUGUCACACCUGAGCCACCCCACCUCUACCUCCAUACGGUUUUGUCCGCUUUGCCUACCAGUAUACCCAAACUAUGAGAAAUGUUGUAUUUGAAUAGAUCUCUCUUCCUGCCCACUCCAAAUGGACUCCUGUCACAUUCUUGAGAGAAAAGGUAUAAGAGAAAGGGCAGUUGAUUGCUUUGAUUGGAUGCUGGUUCUGAUUCAGGUCUCCUGGUUGAGGUGGUGCUGGACAGGAACGUCUUCAACGCCUUUGUUGUUCCUCUUCAGCCGGGUAGAGGGUUUUUUGUAUUUAUUGAGGUUCACACCGUUCUGGACCGAAUUAUCUCUGCUAUGCUUCAAGAUACCAUCCGUAGUAACCUCGAGAAAGGACAGAUCAUAACAGUUUAGUUGAGUUCAUUUCCAAUCCAAAACAUCCCUAUAAGCAUUGACUAUAUGACAAAUUAUUAUGUUUCACCACUCAUUCUUAAUACCAAUUUCUAAUACUUGAUCCUGCUGCCUGAUAGAUUUUUCUUUGAGGGGUCCCUGCAUUCCAAAGGCUAUCUGUAUAAAUGUCACAUAGUUUCACAUUCUCCCUUGAAUUCUUCCAAAUUCUAUAAUUGGUAUUAAGAAUGAGUGGUGAAACAUAAUAAUUUGUCAUAUAGUCAAUGCUUAUAGGGAUGUUUUGGAUUGGAAAUGAACUCAACUAAACUGUUAUGAUCUGUCCUUUCUCGAGGUUACUGUGGGGCGGCAGGUAGCUUAGUGGUUAAGAGCGUUGUGCCAGUAACCGAAAGGUCGCUGGUUCUAAUCCCCGAGCCGACUAGGUGAAAAACCUGUCGAUGUGCCCUUGAGCAAGGCACUUAACCCUAAUUGCUCCUGUAAGUCGCUCUGGAUAAGAGCGUCUGCUAAAUGACCAAUUUAUUUAUAUAACCCAAUUGUUUUAUUGUAACACUCCUAUAUUUGCUCAUAGUCUAUUUGUUAUUACUCUGGCGCUUUCCUUUUCCUUGUUCCUAUUCUAACAUCUAAUUGCUUACCCUUCUCUCCUCAUCCUGGUUGAUUAUAACAUUGUUUAUAUUUAGGAUUUCCUAAAUAUGACAAACAUUCUGCUGGGCAAUAUGGUCUUUCUGAAUUCCUUAGAUUACAGAAGUUGUGGUUGAAUCAUAGCACAGUCCUGGUAACUGUGGGGAUUUGGAACUACUGUUAAUUAUUUUAAUGGAGAUGUGGUGCAUAUUAGACUAUUUUCUUUAUUUAAUUUGUAUGUAAUAUAUUGUACUCAUCUAUACUAGUCAUUGUUUAACGGCUCCUUCCAUUCCCUUUCUUCUGCAUUUGGUAUGGCUCUAACAUGUACAGGGUUUAGUGCACUUUCCCAAGGAAUAACUACUUCAACAACCCUGCCCCCUGGAAAUGUAACACUUAUAAGUAUCGAAUUGUUUAUCUAAGUCUUGGGCUGUUAUCCUUAUGUCUAUGAUCCAUCUGUCUUUUUCUUUUAUUAUCUUAAGGUCACAGUUACCCCAUGUGAUUCCCCCAUAAUCCUUGUGCUGGUUCCUCCCACACCAAUAACCAUUUAACCCUUGUAUUUUAAUAGCGAUCCCUUCCUGUAUUCUAGUUAUGGUUGCUGCUUGUGCAGGAAUAUACAUUUUAAUCCUGUCUGUUUCUCUUCUAUGUCCUGUUCUUUUGCUCUUUACUAUGGUCAGUAUGCAAGUCCCCUUAUUCUUAGGGGGACUAGUCAAGGACAGAGAAAUCAAUGAUGGGUAUAUUUGGUGCGUCUUGGAUGUCUGAAAUAUCUUGAAGAUCUAGAAGGUCUCAAAAGUCUCGAAGGUCUCAAAGGUCUCGAAGGUCUGCCCCUCCGCCGAGGGAGUCAGCAAGAACACGUAGCUCAUCAGUAUUUGCCAUCCUCCCCCAUCUCCUGAUUCUCACCAGCUCCAGCAUCCUUAGCUCCCUCAUCUCUAAGUCAUCGGUUCCCUCAUGGUACAAUGGUUUAGAUGAUACCAGGUCGCGCUCCCCUCUAUCCGUACAGCCAUUGGUGUAACCUGGAUGACGAUGUAUGGUCACUUUAGCUGUUAACCUUCUUCCGUCACUAGGGUCUCCAGAUCAGCCAGAGUCUCUCUCAAUCCAUUGACAUCGGUCUGCGAAUAGUUUCCUUCUACCAGCCUACCUAUAGGGAAGCUCGGAGUUACUGCUGCAAAGACACACAAACACAGACAGACACAACAGAAAACAAUGCUACCCAAUGGUGGGGCCGUCUUCCUCUCCUGAGGUUGGAAUACUCCUAUAGUGGGAAACAUGGAUCUAAGUAUCUGUCUCUGCCACUUUUACCAUCAUUGAGGUAGCCAACAACACCUGGUACGGGCCCCUCCACAUAGGGUCUUUCCAGCUCUUUCUUCUGUAGUCUUUUACCGUCACAUAGUCUCCAGGGCGCAGAAAAUGCUCAGAUUCUCCUGCUCAGUUGGGCAGAGUUACCUUCACCCAUGGGAAGAAAGUCUUAAGAACAUUGUUAAGUUAGGUGAGACACAGUAUUCUACUUAUGUCCUCUCAUCAGUCAGGAGAAGCCUUGAGAUUAUGAAGCGCACCUCUUGCAGCUUGUUGCAGUCCACUCGUUUCAUAGACAGGCCUCCUCUACACCCAUAACACAUUAUUACUACUGCUCAUAUACUUAAUACAACUUGUAUAUUUACCAAAAAAACAUUAAAACCCAUGUAACCAAUACUUUCCCCCUUUGGACACAUGCCUCACAUCGUGAUUCAUGUGUUCAAAAAACAAAACAACAACAAUAUUGUCUCUUGAACCAAAAUAAUAAAUGAAUUUAAAAUGACAACCUUUGAUAAUAUCUUAACUUAAUUGUAUCCUCAUAAGAUUAUUCAAGGAAUAUCCCUCAUUCAGGACUAACUCUCUCACUUCAUCCUUGUCCUGUUUGGAAUGAUAUAUAGGAUUAUUGCCAAAUUAUAAACUUCUUCAUAAUUAUCAGUAUUAUAAAUGACCCUUAACUCGGUAUAAAUUACCUUAAACUCAUCAUCCUAUGUCAUUCAGUUUUCCAGUGUGGGUGAUCAAAUCACUCUAGAAAGUCAGGACAAAGGCAAGAGGUCAUUCAAAACGUUCAAAUAAGUAUUUCAUUCUAUAGUAGACUAAUCAUUAACAACAGUAAAAACAUUUAAUAAUUGUUGUACCCAAGUGUACUGUAUGUCCUUAGUACAGCUCUUUUCAAAAUAAUUGUAUUUACUUAAAACUCACUCAGUACAUAAAACCUCAAAUUACAUGUGUUUGCCCCUUUAAGAUAUCUCACUUCUAUCCCGUGAAAAGAACCCUAAAAUCAAAAAAAUCAAAAUCCUGUACAGCUAAUACUUAGUGGGUUGUUUGUGGUUAGUUGAAAACCAUAUAGUAAAACAACAAACAAAAAUGGCCAGGCCUUAUUUAUAGUCUCUGAAAAUAUUGCAAAGAAAAGAGAAAAUCACUCCCCCCUUUUUCCUGGAAGAAAAAGUACACAUUUAGUUAGUUUCCAUUUUGAUACCUCUUAACCAGUCCAAACAAUUUAAAUUUGAAAUUCUCACUCUCUAUUGCCACAUCUCCUGAUACCCCCACUCAGAAAACCCUCAAGAACAUCACUCGUGACUGCUCCCUUCCCUGGAGAAUUCCACAAUCCAGUGCACAUAAAACGAAAUAAAGUCUCAUGAGAUUUAAACCCCUAGGCUUUUCCCUAGUCGCACUGCUCCCACUCGAUCACGCUUCGUGACUUCGAAAACUCAAAUCCCCAAAUAUGCUAUCUCUUGCCUCGUUGGUUGCACCUUCCCACAUGCCCUGUGGCCCCUCUUCUACCAAACCAGUUUACUAAUGUGAUGAUGGUCUGGUCCAUCAUCUUCUGUGGACAUACCCCUUCCUGAACUAUUAUUAGUCCCUCUGAUGUGCAUUUAAUUUGGACCCCCAUUCUACACAGUGCAUCUCUUCCUAAUAGAUUAACUGGAGUUUGUUCUGAUACUAAUAUAGGUAUACAUGUAGCUUUUUCCUGCUUCUUAUUUUACUGGAACUGUCAUAUGUAUUAACUGCGUUUGUCAUGAAAAUUCUACUGUGUGCAUAUUUGCCUGACAUGGGGAGGAGGUGAGAGGCAUAAUUUGGAUUUACCCAUGAGUAAGUUGCUCCAGUAUCUAUCAUCAUUGGUGUGCCUCUAUUAUUCACCUGAACCUGCAGCAUAGGUUCUUCAUCAGCCUGCAUAGUUACUGCCACUAGCUGACCCUCCCCUUUAGGAUUCCCUGGGCAUCCCUAGUAUCCAUGAUUUGGUCCUCCCCACGGGUUCACUGGGCGCUGUGGAGCCUGUGUCUGAGACUGCCGCCAUGCAUCUGAGCUGUCAUUUCUUUGCCAAUUACCCUGCUGUGGUUGCUUAGGCAACCAUGGGUUGGUAGGACAAUUCCUUCUUAGAUGUCCUGAUUGCUGACGCCCCCAGCAUACACCCAGCGGGCUUCUUGGUCCACCAUUUUGGUAUGUCUGCUGUUUGACGUUAGGCCCACCACAUCUUCUAGUCUGUUUCUGACAGGCGUUGGCAUUGCUUCCAUCAAUGAUGUCCUGAACAGUGUUGUCAUCAGUGGAUCCCCCUCUGGAUCUCUUUCUGUUUCUUGUCGCCACCUCUUGAGCUGGUCCUCCAGGUAACCUGCCGGGUUUUCUUUAUCCCCCAAUGGCUCCCCUCUCAGUGCUUUAGGGUCUAUUUUGGCUGGAUACUCUAUUCUCAGAAUGUGCCAUAGUCCUGGCCUAUAAUUGUCAAAGACCACUCCAUCCAGUAUCGUUCUCCGCACCGCCGGUAUGAGGCCAUCCGCCUGCAACAAGCUCUCCAUUUUGGCCACUCCCACCACCCUGACCAGCAAUGCCUUCAAGUCUCCCACCGCCAGUAGCUUCCCCAUCGUUUGUUCUUCAAAUGUUCCAAUCCAUUUUCCUGCUCCUUCGUGCAGGUUAGGCAGUCUAGUCACCAGACCUUCCAGGUCUUGCGUUCCCCAGGGCACAUAGUGAACCUGUGUCCCUUUUACCAAAAUGGGAUAUUGAGCUCCAUAUUUUUCUGGCUUUCUUAUUGUCCUUCUGUUUCUUAAAUGUUGUUUUUCCAGAUGAGCGUAUAGUGCCUUACCUAAUUCUGUUACUAUAGUUUCGCCUCCCGUGGCUCCUUGCUCUGAUAGUCGUCCCUCUGUCUCACGCUGUUCUUGAUCAGAGUCAGCAUACUGUCUAAGUUCUUCACCUUCCUCAUCACUUGUAAUCUCCACACCUUUUUUCCCAUCAUACUCUUGUUCAUCUAUCCCAUCAUUUUCCAGUUCCGUUAACCUACCCCUCAGCCCUCCAUAACAGUCUAUAUCUAAAUGUGAGUUUUCUCCUCUUUUUGGUGUGGAAACCUGUUGCUUCCCUUUUUCUCCUUCUAUCUCUACAUUCCCUUGUCUCAUCUCCCAUUAAGAUAAGACACUCGCUCCCCUGUGCUUUCGUAUUAUACUCUCAUUUUCCUUUGUUCCCUUAUCUCAUCCCAAACCUAUAAAAUAGUCUCCUCACUUUCCUAUCCCUAGGUAUUUUCCCAGUAGUCUAUUCGUUCUAGGUCGCUAGACCACCCCCUAUUCACCCCUAAUCAUAUUCACGUUUCUAUUUUCUUUAAUCUAGGUUUUUCGUAUCUAACUUCCUAUACCUUCUUUUCCUGUCUUUCAGUAUAUCUAUAUCAUACGUUAUUAUUUUUAUGUUUCCCGUCACUGUGUAAUCCACUAUUCUAUCUCCACUUAUCCUAUACAUAAAUGCGGCUGAUUCUCGUUCUAAUCUUCGUCUUGGCAUUUAUUCCCUAACUCAUCUGUCUUUGUCUUUCUCUUUUACUUGACUAUAUCUAGACAGCUAGUCCCUAUCCUAAAUUAUCCUACCUAGAUAUCUAUUAUUACUAUCAUCCUGGUCCUAUUACUGAAUCAACGACAUAGGUAAUAGCUGUUUCCCAUUAGCUUGUGCCUUUUCCUGAUAAUGUUAUAAUUGUAGUUUAUUGGAUUACUUUAGUUAAAAUAUACAUUUGUUGUUUAACAAAUCUAGAACCAACAAUAAAUUGGUGCUAUCCCAUCAGCAUAAUAGUUAAAGCUACUUGCAAUCCACUGGUCCACGUAACAAAAAAAAAAAUUAGCGUUUUAGAAUUCAUUAUCUAUUUGCAUACGUCACUGGUGUUACGCAAACUAUAUAAUAAAUUAAUAACAAUUAGAAUUUGUCAAAUAAAUGUUUUCCAUUCAACUAUUCAGAUUUCUGCUUCAAAUGUCUCUUACAGCUUGAUUCGUACUCGCUGGACUCUCUCUCUUUUACCCGCGAACCAGAACAUGGCAUUAGUAAAGUCUAUUCACAAACCACCCAUAACUAAUAGUAUAUUUGCAUUCAUAUUACUAAAAGACAUUACUUUCCUUUCAGUCUACCCAAACAAUUCACAGUUGCAAUUCUAACUUCCCUAUUAAAUCACUUUCCUUUGUUAUCAAUUCAAAUCAUUGCCACAGCUCUAUCGCAAUUGCCAGUCCGCUAUCCAAUUUAUGUAACUGUCCUUUCUGAUUAGGCUCUAAUUAAUAAAACAAAUACUUGCUAUAGUUGACAAGCAUACAUUCAAUUCAUAUCCAUAUUCAAUUCAAUAUUCCAAAUUACAACUCUAUUCUCAGUAGUUUUUAAACUAUCAACUAAUUUGGCAAAACAAAAAAUACCUAUCUUUCUCCCCCCACUAUUCCUGUUGAAUAAGUGAGUCGUUCAAUUCGAACCCCUCAAACUACUAAAUCCCAGUCUUACACCACAAAAUCAACACUGACUGUUUUAUCAAUCUACACAACCCAUAACCAUAGUUGAACUAUAAUCAGAAAAUCUAGAUUUUAGUCAGUAAUGCAGAAUCUAUGCUUUAUUGAAAUGACAAGUAAAUCCUCCUUUAUUCCAAUUAUAAUGGUCUGUAGUUUUAGUAUCUGGCACAUACCACACUUAUCAGAAAAUAGUUUUACAGGACACAGAUCUUACAAGUUCAAAGGGAAUGACUUAGCAGUCAACGAGUCAAAUCUACAUUAAUUGAUUUGGAAACAGAUCUAAUGAAUUUAAUCAAAUGGAUUAUGUUUUUUUCCCCCUAAUAUACUAAAAUUCCUUUACUAUAUCACCUCUGCUCCGAAAUGAUAGAUAGAAAUAAGAUUAAGCAUUAUAAUAACUAUCAAAUGAUCUAUGUACUGUCCCCCCCCCCCCCCCCCCCCCCCCCCCCCCCCCCCCCACGUACGUCUACGUGUUUGGGCGCGCAAGCCAGCACUUAUAUAUUAUUCCACUUUUAUCCAAUCAAUUACCCACACAUAACAUUCCCACCAAACCAUUCGUAUUUCUAAUGAUUCUUUGUUGCCACAAGUUAGUUUACCCUAAUCUAGUCCCAGCGGAACAUCAACUUUACUACCUAGACCCUGCCCCUCAGUCCUAAAAUCCUCCCAGAAUCUUAUAAACUGGUCACUUAUUCACUGAUCUCACACUACUCUAUGACAGGUAGUGUUGUACAAACCCAAGAUAUCAUUAUAUCAACAGCUUAUUCUCCAAACUUCAGAUUAACUAAUUCCCAUAUCCACACGACUCUCAUAUCACAUUCACACAACGCUAUUUCCCAACACACAAUCAAUAUUCGUACAACCUACAGGAAUAUUUUCUUCUAUAAUAGUGCCCAAUGUUAACCCUAUCAACAUUUGACAUUUCACUAUGGUCAAUGUUACCAUAAUCCUACAUUACUUCAAACUUUCCCAAAUAUAAUGAACCCCUAAAAGCUUGACCGAAAUACAAUAUGUUGACGUCAUAUGAUCACCCCCGUACACGUGACCUGUUCCUCCAACAAGAUUUCUCAUACCCCUCCUGAUAAAGACUCCGUUAGUAAAUUAAUAUCCACAUACUAUUAAUUAUCCUCUUCCUAAUGCAAGAUUGGGCUUGUCCUUUCUCCACCAGCCUUAGAAGCUUCAAACGACCUAAAAUAUACUCCCUUUCCUUACACUUUCUCCAUAAAGAAAAGGCUAUUAUUUGCAGGUGUUAUGUAUGGUACGACGUGCUGUAUGUCGUACUGUACGUUGUUAUGGUUUACGACAGUGUGCUGCUUUACGGAUGAAUGGGUUGUCAGAAUGUGUGGCACAUGUCAUUAAACGACAGAGUGAUGUACAAUGUGAAACUGUGCAGAUGUCCGUUCUUCUACAGCUAGGCUAGAUAUAACAUUGGCGACGAAGAUGGCUGAAUUCAGUUUACCACCAUUCCUCGCCGUGCCUGGCGAACCUCCAGUCCCGUGGAAUAACUGGCUUGAAAGUUUUAACACUUAUCUCGAAGCUAUGGACUUUUCUACAAUCUCCGACAAGCGGAGGACAGCACUGCUCCGUCACUGCCUUGGUACAGAGGGACAGAGGAUUUUCAGAGCGCUUGGAUCGGCUCCUACAUUCACUGCUGCAGUCAGCCUCCUACGGAACCACUUCGCCGGGAAAGAGCGAGUGCUCCUCCGACGCUACCGGCUACGGAAGAGACACCAACGGCCGGGUGAGUCCAUUCAAAGCUACGUGGCUAAUCUGAGGGAUUUGGCUAGCUCUUGUAACUACGGGACACUUCAGGACGAGAUCAUCAGGGAUCAGUUGAUAGAGGGGACGUUAUGUGAAAAGACAAGGGAGAAACUGCUUUUGGAAUCGGAUAAUUUACAACUAGAUGGAGCUAUUAAAAUAGCACUCCAGGUUGAAGCGGCGUUGGAAUGCUCUUCUAUGCUAACAGACAGCUCUGCAGCAUACACUCGGCCCCCAGCCAUUCUCACACAGCAGCUUCAGCCCGAGCAGGCGCACUACAACGAUCACGCGCUGCGCACGCCCUCCCACGUCGAUAGCUGCAUGGACACAGACACCGGCAUGCCCGUGCAGCAGGCACACAGACAAACAAACAGAAGUAGCUGUGGCAACUGUGGGGCUAGCUCUCACAAUUCAAGGGCUUCAAACUGCCCAGCCCGUGGGAAAAUAUGCAAGAACUGUUCAAAAUACAAUAACUUUGCGAAAGUGUGUCGUUCUCUCACUCUCAACAUGAACACACGGAAAUCCGAACCGUCUCCACCAACCAUGUGUCAUUCAGGACAUGCACUGUGCAGCUGGGUGAGGUGGGUUUGCCUUUGCUGCUGGAUACUGGCGCUGCGGUGUCGUUGCUCAACCUUGCCACUUACUACAAGUUUUUCAGUCACCUACCACUCCAACAGCCCUCCACUGCCCUGUGUGGGUACGGUAGAUCCAAUAUAGACAUUGUAGGCACCCUCCAGGUCCCAGUACACUACGGCACCAAACAUCUGCCAUCAUUCACAUUUCAUGUUGCAAAGCGGGGUGCCAACCUCCUGGGCCUCGACCUCUUCACAGGCUUGGGAUUCACACUGAGAGAUGACAGUGGGUCAGCUAUCUACCAGGUUACCUGCACAUGGCAACAGAACUGGCCGACUCUGUUUGAUGGACUGGGCUGCCUCACAGCCUUUACUCACAGGCCCCUAGUGAAUCUGGAAGUGACCCCAGUCAUGCAGCCCCUGCGGCGCAUUCCCUUUGCACUGCGUGAUGACGUCACAAAAGAUCUCCAGUCACAGCUGGAUGCAGGCAUCAUUGAGCCAGUAAACCUAACGCUGCCCCCUGGAUUUCAAACUUGGUCAUUGCAACCAAAAAGUCAGGUGGAAUCCGGACCUGUGUGGAUCUCCAUGCUGUGAACAAGGCCGUUGUCCCGGAUAAGUACCCCUUGCCUACAGCUGAGGAGCUGACCGCACAAUUCCAUGGCUCCACGAUCUUCACGAAGCUUGACCUUCGUCAGGGUUAUCUUCAGGUACCCCUCCAUGCAGCUAGCAGAGACCUCACGGCCUUUGUCACACAUGCUUGCGUGUUCAGAUAUACACACAUGCCUUUUGGACUUAGCUCCGCCCCCAGCUGCUUCCAGAAGGUGAUGAGCACCAUCCUCGCUGGAAUACCUGGGGUGGCGGUCUAUCUGGAUGACAUCGUGGUCCACGGCCCUGACCUCCACAUCCAUGAUUAUCGACUCCACAGAGUAUUCAGUGCUCUACUGCGGAACAACCUGACCCUUAACGGUGGAAAGUGCACCUUUGCAGCUCCAGCCGUCGAGUUUGUGGGCUUCCGCCUGUCGGCCAAAGGCAUUGCCCCACUCAUGUCGAACAUUGAAGCCGUCCACCGGAUCCCGGAACCGACCUCAGCCUCUCAGGUGGCCUCAUUCUUGGGCAUGACAGCUUACUACCUCCGGUUUCUGCCCCACUACUCGCAGACCACAGCGCCCCUUCGCCAGCUCCUCAAGAAGGAUGAGCCAUGGGCCUGGACGGCGGCCUGCUCAGACGCGGUCCGCUCACUGAAGAGCCAGCUCACCACAGCCCCAGUCUUGGCUCACUUUGACCCCGUCUGCCACACCAUUGUCACAUGUGACGCCUCAGCUGGAGCACUAGGAGCUGUCCUCUCACAGCUGCAGAAUGGCAUUGAGAGGCCCGUCGCCUUCGCCUCAAGGGCCCUGAACCCCACAGAACAACGGUACUCUGUGGGUGAACGAGAAGCACUGGCCUGUGUCUGGGCGUGUGAAAGGUGGCACCUCUACCUAUAUGGCCGUCUGUUCACACUCCGAACCGACCACCAGUCCCUCACAACGCUACUGUCAGCAUCAGGAACUGGCCACAAGCCACUUCGGCUGCACAGAUGGGCCGACCGCCACAGACAGUAUGACUAUCAGCUGAAGUUCACUCCGGGGAGGGAUAACGUGGUGGCAGACCUCCUCUCACGCUCCUUUGACGCUCCUACUCCGACCGUCUUGCCAGACGACAACGAAACAGAGCUUGUACAAAUGCUCUACGCUCCUCUUCAGUCAGUCGUCUCACUGGAGGAGCUGAAGCAAGCAUCGGAACAGGAUCCCACACUGUCUACCCUGCGCACCUACAUACGCACUGGAUGGCCAGCACAUGUGCCGGAAGAGCUGGCGACUUUCGCCAGGGUGAAGCACGAACUUUCUUGCUGGGAAGAAGUCUGUGUCUCUCGAGGGUUUUGCACUGUGGUCCCGAGUGGCCUGCGUGCGCAUGUUCUAUCCAUGGCGCACAAGGGUCACUUGGGCAUAGUGAAGGUCAAACAGCGAUGUCGAGACCUUGUGUGGUGGCCAGGCAUCGACCACGACAUUGAAGCCCUGGUCAGGGAUUGUGCUGCAUGCCUCCUCAGUGGGAAAACAGGACAGUCCGCCCCACCCCCCCCUGCAGCCUCUCGCAUGGUCGUCCCACCCCUGGGAGCACAUCCAACUGGACAUCUGUGGCGAGAUCCAUGGACACGCAGUCCCUCACCAUCAGCGCUUCCUGGUGGUGGUGUAUGACCUCCACUCUAAGUGGCCAGAAGUGGUUCCUGUCGGAACUGUCACAGCACAGGCCAUCGUGGACAUCCUAGACAGCCUGUUCACAAGGUGGGGCCUACCCCUCACCCUUACCAUGGACAAUGGGCCCCAGCUAACCUCUGCCGAGUUCUCCUCAUAUCUCAGCAACAAGGGAAUCAAACACAUCUGCACGGCCUACUACAACCCACAAGCUAACGGAGGGGUGGAACGCUUCAACCAAACGCUGAAGAACGGCAUCAGAGCGCACCUGGUCCAGGGGUGCACGUUCCAAACUGCUUUGAAUCAAACGCUAAUGCACUACAGAGCAAGCAAACACACAACAACACAGGUCUCCCCGGCAUCCCUCAUGCUAGGUCGUGAGAUGGAACUGCCACUGGACAGACUCAGAACACAGAGAGUGGCAGAACCGGCGACUUGGCGCACCCAAGAACAGCAGGCAGUGACCAGACACCAAAGAGCAAUGAAACAGCGUUUUGACAAGGCACACAGGGUGAAGAAGUCGAUCAUCCAAGUGUCAGACUGGGUCCGAGCCCGACGGCCUCAGCGGUGCAACAAAAUGGCCUCAUUCUGGUUGGACCCCUUGCAGGUCAGUCGACAACUGGGGCCCGCCACAUUCAUGAUGAGCAAUGGAUCACGCUGGCACGCCAGCCGCCUCAGAAAAGUCCCUGCCCCUCAAGGAACACGAAGGCACACAAAACAGACAUGCAGGCCAGAGACGCCACCGGAUGGACCUCCUCCACCACUACCACCCGAGCCCCAGCCUCUGUGGGCUCCCCAAGGGCCAGAGCCACAAGCGGUGGCGGUUGAAGAAAGGCCUAUGCGGGCACGAACUCGCCCUGCUUAUCUGGGGGACUACUUAACCUCUUUUCAUUCUUAGGCUCCGUUAGGUGUCUUAGUCAACCUCCAGGUUAAUGGACUGAACUGGCUAGUUUGGAGAGUCCAUCCGUUUAAGGGUUAAUGUUUAUUUCUUACAGGUAUCACUCUAGGUUCUUGCCCUAUGGUCAUUUUAUAUAUGGUACCAGUCCCUGGUUUUGGAAAGGGGGGAGGAAAUGUUAUGUAUGGUACGACGUGCUGUACGUCGUACUGUACGUUGUUAUGGUUUACGACAGUGUGCUGCUUUACGGAUGAAUGGGUUGUCAGAAUGUGUGGCACAUGUCAUUAAACGACAGAGUGAUGUACAAUGUGAAACUGUGCAGAUGUCCGUUCUUCUACAGCUAGGCUAGAUAUAACAGCAGGAUUUCUUUUUAUUGUCCGAUCACUCACACAGAUAAGCGACCACUCGUGCUUAAAUGAAUCAGACAGAAUGACCCGCAGGACGAACAAAUGUAUCAGACGAUUGAACAAAGCUAAUUGAUCAAGCUGACCAAACGAGCAACCUGAAUGAGACAGAUUAAACAUACAACUUAAUCACAAUUGAAUGACUCACAGCCGCUCAAGCAAAACAUUCACCCAUACGAGAUGAGCAGACCUACUCUCUCUAAUUAUUUCUCUAUACUUUGAAGCCCUGGUGGCUGUUCACAACCGUCCACCUACCUGAGAUGACCGGCGCGACUUCCAAUUUAUGGUGUCAUCUACUCAGGAUGACCUACUUUUUUACCCGAUUAGCUGUCUAAUUAGUGCAUCUCCCCACUACAGGAUGAUGCGUCACCUACUCUGGAUGAGCAAACCUACUUCCUAUUAGCCUACAUGUAUGCUAGCCUGCUUCUUCUACUAGCCUGCAUCUCUGCUAGCCUGCUUAAACUUAUUUACACUUAUCUACAAUAACAUUGCAUGCAUGCUUAUUUCUCAUUCCAACAAAAACUCUGUACUUUUCCUAAAUUUUGUCCUUAAUGCUAGAGAGACCCCCUUCUGUACCUUACCCUCAGAUUCAGCUCGAUCGAAUCACACAGUUCUAUGUAAUAGUAAGAAUGUCGCUUACCUUUAUUUAACAGUGGACACUGUAUCUGUGUGACUCGCUCAAACUUUCUCAGACGGCAAAGCACUCAAAGAUCUCUUUUUCCCCAGGUCCUGCCGGGGUCGCCAAUUAUGUCGUUGAAAAUAAUCACUAUACUUUAUUAAAAAUCAAAGUUCUUCCAGAGUUUUUUUAGAAUCGAGAUUGUCUUUAUUUACAAUUUCAACAAAGCCAGGCUAAUCUGCAGAUUAGCCCUCCUCUCUGUCUCUCUCACCCUCUAUAUAGUCUCCUUCACACACACAUCCAAGCUUAAAAUCCCUUCCUCUUCAGUUUCCCGCUCUUUAUCGCUCCGCCCACUUCCUUUGUCUAUGAUGGUGGCUAAAUUAAACUUUUAUUCAGUUCAGAAUCAAUAAUAAUACAAUCAAUCAAUCCCUUAUCUUGAAAAAAUCUCAUGUUUAGUUUAAACUCUGUUCCUGAGCUUGACCUGAAGAUUGAUUGUUGGACAUGACAGGUUCACGCUUAAUCUUUCAAACACACCCAAACCUACUCCUCUUCCCCUCCCACCAUGCUGUAAUUACUCAUGACUAGUCUAAACGCUGUUCAACUUUGGCUCCGCUCUCAGAACCUUUGUUUGAGGAGAGAUGCAUUAGGCCACAGUCUGGUUUCAGUCUCUGAUAAGGUAGGACAGCCAUGGAUUUAAGUAAGAGCGAGCAAUUCGACCCUAGGUCAGAUUCCCACUUCACACACACACACACACACAGUGAAAUGACCCAAUUAAGUUCUUGCCAAGCAACAGAGAAUUCUAACUAUAUGUUCGUGAUUAACUCAGUUUUAUCUCAUAGUCCACUAGAAAAUCUCCCUCACAACUGAUUUAAAAACCUGCUCACACAUUCUAAUGAGGUUGUCUGUCUGUCUGUCUGUCUGUCUGUGUGUGUGUGUGUGUGUGUGCUCGGUGCGUUCGUGUGUGUUGUAUCCCAUGGUGGUGAUGUCUUGAUGAUUUCCCUGUAAAUGUGCUGAUGCAGGUGUCUGAUAGCUUGUAGGAGGAACGUGCUGUGGCCAGUGGCUUACUGUACACUCUGCUGCAGUUAAUUUGCUGGAAAUAUAAGUGCUGAUUAUGUAUAUUUCCUUCCUCUCCUCAUUUUCUUGGCCUUCUGCUUUGGACUAUUAACACUGGGUGCUGCCUUAAAGUUUUGUAUCGUAUAAUAAAAUCUUGUUAAAACUCAAACCACUGUCUGCCUCUCUCUCUCAUUCUCUUUCUUUCUGAUUCUCUUUCUCUCCUCAGAGACCGGAGUGAUAGACCCAGUGCUUAUAGAGCGUUAUAACACUCCAGGGUUCGUAGGCUGUCUGUCACGCGUCCAGUUCAAUGGAGUCGCACCCCUGAAGACUGCCCUAAGAAACCCUGUAGCAGACAGACCGAAAGACAGACAUCCAGACAAACCAACAGACAGACAGUCUGUGCCAGUGUCCUACCAGGGUAAACUGGUAGAAUCUAACUGUGGAGCCUCGCCUCUCACCAUCCCACCAAUGUCUGCUGCCACCGAUCCUUGGCGCCUGGACUCAGGUACGAUACACACACACAUACAAACAUUUCUGCAGGAAAAGCAGGUACACAACACCACACACACAUUCUCAUAUUGGGGGUGCUGCAGUCUUCCUUGUGAUCCAGUGGGAUUGUUGUCUCUACUUGUCUGUCUCUGGUUGAUCACAUCUAUUGAUCCAGGAGCCAGAAGCAAAACUGACAGAGCAGCUACAUCAGUCUCACGUUCAAUUCUCUCUCUCUCUCUCUCUCUCUCUCUCUCUCUCUUCAAUAGACUUUAUUGACAUGGCAAGUAAAAUUACUUACAUUGUCAAAGUAUAGAUAUAACAACAUGGACCAACAGCAAUAAUAAUAAUAGUAGUAGUGGAAAUGGGAUUACCAUUAACAGCAACUACAACAACAAUAUUAAUGAGAAUAACAAUACAUUAAAGCAAUAGUAGUCGACCAAUCUCAACAUGACUGAGAAGACACAUUACAUCGUAUGAAAGCCAAAACAAAACAGGAAAUAUUAUCUCUCUCUCUCUCUCUUGUCUACCUGAUAGAUCUCUCCAUCAGGAGGGAUAAAAGCCGAUUUGUGUGUGCGUGCGUGUGUGUGUGUGUAUGGCUGAUGUGAUCUGUAUUUCCUGUCUCUGUGUGUCUCCAGGUGCAGAGUUCCCAUUCAAUGAAGAGAGAGUGAUCCCAGAUGGAGUCAACAGGAACUCAGCCAUUAUAGGAGGCAUGUUCAGUAUGACCCAUAUUCACAUAUCUCUUAUCUUUAAAGAGGUGUACCACAGAGAUAUGACCCUCUGCCAGGUCCAGAUGUGAUCUUGAUCUUGAUCUUGAUCUCAAUCGCUUGGCAUUCAGUCGCCUCCGCUGCAGAUAAGUGUCUCCAAAUGUGUCUCCCAUACAUGAUGUCAACAAAUGUAUUACAAAUUUGCUUCCAUAAAUUGGUGCUCUAACCUUAACUGGCCCUAUCAAUAUCCUUUCUUUUGAAAUUACAUGUAUUUCUAAAAUGACUUCUAUAUCUCCGCCCCCAGGUAUCAUUGCCGUGGUGAUAUUCACCAUCCUGUGCACGCUGGUGUUCCUGAUUCGCUACAUGUUCCGUCACAAGGGCUCCUACCACACCAAUGAGUCGAAAGCGGCGGAGCCAGCCAGUGGCGAAUCAGCUGACACCACCAUCAUCGGCACCGACCCCAACCCAGAGACCAUUGACGAAUCAAAGAAAGAGUGGUUCAUCUAA